AUGUCGUUCCUUGCAUUGGACAAAUGGGCAAGGCUCUUCAGGAUGAUAAAGCAGAGUGGUGGUUUGAUGAAAGCUUUGUAUAAACUGUGGAGAUUCGAUGCAUUAAAGGAUGGUAAAUAUGUGGGCUGCGAUGCGAGUGGUAAUAAGUAUUACACGAACUGUAACUACAUGAUCGGCCGCAGUCGUUGGGUAGAAUACAGUCCCAACGUCAGAUGGUCCUAUGAUGCUAGUCAGGUAACUGCCGAAUGGUUUGGUUGGCUCCAUUACAAGACAGACAGAUUGCCCUGUGAGGACUGCGCGAAAUAUUCCCUGAACUGCAGUUGCUUUGCCCACGCGUGGCUUCAGCCGUACGUUGAAAAUGUGACUGGGACUGAAGAAGCGUACUACCCUUAUAGUACUACGAAAGCUCAUAUCAAAGUUUGGGACGGUUGUUCGGUGACCAAUCGUAAUAAGGCGGAAUAG